CUAUAAAUUCAAGAUCAUCCUACAUAGAACUUCCAACAAGUAGAAUAAGAGUUCUUGGGAGAUAUACAUCAACCAUUUCUCCUACUUUGUGCAUUCACAAUUCAACUAUGUUGUCUGUGGGGGUAGGAUUGAGCACCAUUGUGGUGGCAUUGGCUACCAUAUUCAUAACUCAUUGGGUUCGCAAAUGGAGGAAUCCCAAAUGCGACAACGGUGUUCUACCACCAGGUUCCAUGGGCUUCCCUCUCAUCGGAGAGACCAUUCAGCUUCUCAUUCCCAACCGAUCAUUAGAACUCCAUCCCUUCAUUUCUAGGAGAGUUCAGAGAUAUGGAUCGGUGUUCAGAACUAAUGUGGCAGGUAAACAAGUUGUCAUAACCACCGACCCGAAAUUCAAUCAUUACAUCAUUACAGAAGAAGGAAAAUCGGUUGAACUUUGGUACUUGGACACAUUUUCUAGCAUGUUGCCGAUAUAUGCAGUAGGCUCUGUUCAGAAGUACAUUAGAAGCAUAACUUUGACUCAUUUUGGCGUUGAGGGUAUCAGAGUGAAUUUGCUCCCACAGGUUGAACAACUCAUUCAGAAAACUCUAAGUGAUUGGUCCACCAAGCCAAUUGUUGAUGUCAAGCAUGAUGCUACUUGUAUGAUUUUUGAUUUCACUUUGAAGCAAUUGUAUGGCUAUGAUUGGGAAAAAUCAACAGAGAUACGUCAUAGUGAGAAGUUUUCAAGCUUGUUACAUGGUCUUUUGUCCCUUCCCUUGGACAUCCCUGGCACUACUUUCCACCAAUGUGUCAAGGAUCGCAAGGAAUUAUUAAGCAUGUUGAAGGAUAUUGUAGAGGAGAGAAUGAAUUCGGCUGACAAGUUUCGAGGAGACUUCCUUGACAGAGCAAUGGAAGACAUGAAAACUGAGAAGUUCUUGACGGCUGAAUUCCUAUCCAAUUUGAUGUUUGGAAUUUUAUUUGGAAACUUCGAGCCAAUCUCUUCUGUUAUACUAUUAACUUUGAAGUUACUCUCAGAGCAUCCUUCAAUAUUAGAGGAGCUAACAGCUGAAAACGAGGCAAUCGUUAGAAACAGGAAGAAUCCAAGUUCUCCACUCUCUUGGGAAGAAUAUAAAUCAAUGACUUUUACGCUUAAUGUCGUGAAUGAAGUUCUCAGGCUGGGAAAUGUGGCACCAGGGCUGCUAAGAAAAGUAACAAAAGAUAUCAAAUUCAAUGGAUAUACAGUUCCAGCUGGUUGGAACAUUUUGAUUGUUACUUCCGCUCAUCAAUUGAACCCAGAAGCCUUCAAGGAUCCAGUUAAAUUCAAUCCAUCACGUUGGAACGACCUUGAUCCAACUGUUAUAUCAAAGAAUUUUAUGCCUUUUGGAGGAGGGGUGAGACAAUGCGCAGGUGCAGAUUAUGCUAGGGCGUUUGUAUGCACUUUUCUCCAUGUAUUGGUCACCAAGUAUAGUUGGACAAAAAUUAAGGGAGGAAAGAUUGUUCGGAGACCCAUUUUGGACUUUGUAGAUGGGGUUCAUAUUAAACUCACACAAAAGAGCAACUGAAGAUACAUAUGAGUUCAAGGAAGGAAAAACUAAGUACCGGAUGAAGCUCAUCAGCUGCCAUUGCAAGCUUUUUAUAUAGCUUUCCACUAAGAAAUUAUGUUAUAUACUUUCUAUUUUUAUUUUUAUUCUUAUUCAAAUUGUAAGAGACUGUUUCAGAACAGUUACCUCAUGUUUGUGUUGUCAACUAUGCUCUAUGAAUUAAUAAUUUUUUUUCUUCAUCAUCUUCACUUUAAUAUAUAAAUGAAUGCUUUCUUUA